AAAUGGUUCAUGUUGUCCUUUUGUUAUGCUUGAGUUUGUGGCAAGUACAUGGUGUGUUUGCUGAUAAAGAUGAAGUGAAGUCAGUAUCAGUGAUGGAGGGAGAUUCAGUGACUCUAAACUCUGGUCUUACUGAAAUGAUGGAUGAUCAUCUGAUUCUAUGGAGGUUUGGAACUGAAAACAUUUUAAUAGCUGAAAUCAAUGUAAUGACCGACAGCGUCACUGUAUAUGAUGAUGUUCUUAAUGGGAGAUUCAGAGACAGACUGAAUGUGGAUGAUCAAACUGGAUCUCUGACCAUCACAGACAUCACAACUGAACUUGCUGGACUCUAUAAACUACAGACCAACAGUGCGAGCAAGAAUUUCAGUCUCACUGUCUAUGCUCGUCUGCCCAUUCCUGUCAUCAGCAGUAACUCUACACAAUGUUCAUCAUCAUCAUCAUCAUCAUCAUCAUCACAGCAGAAUUGUUCAUUGUUGUGUUCAGUGUUAAAUGUGAGUCAUGUGACUCUCUCCUGGUACAAAGGAAACAGUUUAUUGUCCAGCAUCAGUGUGUCUGAUCUCAGCAUCAGUCUCUCUCUACCUCUGGAGGUGGAAUAUCAGGAUAAAAACACCUACAGCUGUGUGAUCAACAAUACCAUCAGCAACCAGACUCAACAUCUGGACAUCAGUGAACUCUGUCACACAUGUUCAGAUGCAGCAUCUAAAGCAGUGCUGAUCUCUGCUGCUGCUGCUGGAUUUCUGCUUACUGUAGUUGCAGUCGGGAUCUUUUGUAUUUGCAGGAAAUAUAGAAAAGCAGAUAAAGAAGUUGAGGGUAAUGAAGAUGAGAUCACUUAUAUUGAGCCGACGUUCUACAAAAGAAAAGCACAGAAACUGGAUGUUAAAGAGGAUGAUCAUGUGGAGUAUGCACCUAUCGCCAAGAGAAUAUUAUAAAACAAGCACCAGACCCGCUUUGGUGACUUUCACAGGAAGCUCCUUUAACAACCUCAGAGUUGUAAUUUCAUCUGAGUUUUUUAAAACUUGUUGAAUAAGUUUUGGGAUUGUUAAAGUGCGAUGUUCAGUGGUGGACUAAUGAAAUUCUCUCUUAAAGAAAGUGUAGUGGAAUACAAGGAAUUACUUAAAUCUUGUGGACAACUGGAACAUUUUUAUGUUUGACGGUAUAGCCUUUUAAAAAAUGUUUUUCUCUUUAACAAAUCCCCCCCCCAAAAAAUAAGAAACAAGAAGCUUUGUGCAUCCUCAUUUCAGAAAUGGAGCCUAAAUUUGUUUAUCUACAUCUAAGCAGAAAUGUGGUUUAGUUUACUGAUGGACAAACAGGUUGUGCUGGAACACUGCUGAAUGUUUGUGGUUGACAUUUGGUACAGACGCUGCUAAGGUGUCAUUAGCGUGUGGUUGCAGGGCUUUUUUUUCCAUUUCUGCUAAUAUGAAACCCACAGUCUGAGUUUAGCUUUACCUAAACAGACUUAACUGUGAAAUACUGAAUCUAACAGAUAAACGAUUCACUCUGAUAAAACAGUGUGUGUGAUAAAAUAUUAAUUUGAGUCAAGUCAGAUUUAUUUAUAUAGUGCUUUUUACAAUAGUUGUUUCAAAUAUUUAAUAUUUUUAA